CUUUGUGCGUGACCUAACACGGUUAAAUCGUAUAGACUGCACGGGACCGAGAGACGGGAAUGAUGUUUUUGCGAUCUAUACUUUUAAUCAUAUCUUUGUUGAAGUUUCACUGUGGCCUUUUUGGAUUAUGUUGUGAUUACGAAUGUCCAGAUAAACCAGUGUUCCAUCCAUCCAGACUGGUAGUGAGGCGUGAUGAUCCUGCUGAUGCCACUUGCCUAUGUAAAAGUCCUUGUGAUGGUGAAAGCAGUCAUUUGGAAGUGUCUCUUGGUCAAACAUUUAAACAAGAAAAUGGAACCAAGCUAUUAUGGAAGGUUGACAAAAUGACCCGAUGGGAAACGUCGCCCAUAUGCUUUUAUGAUCAUGAAGAUCUGAAACAGUGCUGUAGCAGGCUGGCUGUAACCGUAUACCAGCCUCCAGACUUGGUAUCCAUCAACUAUCUAAAUCACACUGGGCCCCUGACAGAGGGCCAUGUAUACACUCUGCAGUGCACAGUCGAGAACGUUGCUCCUGUUGGGAGUCUCUCUGUGAUGUUUUACAGGGGACAGGAGGCUCUAGGUCCAUCACAGUCCCGGAAUAAUUCAGAGAAGAAACCAGUGACUGAGAUCUUCACUCUGAACAUCAAACCUACAGGAGAAGAUCAAGAGGGACACUACUGGUGUGAAGCCAAGCUGGAGCUGGGACCUGAGGGACCACAGAUCCCUCCUGUGGAGAAGUCACAAAACCUCACAGCUACUGUCCAUUAUUGGGUCCAGAAAGAACAGGCACUGCAUUCAAUCACCAUCACAGAGGGAGACAACCUGGAACUGAACUGCACAGCCGUGGGUAACCCCAGCCCCUCCUAUGCCUGGACGCUCCCCCCGGCCAAUCCUUUGCUUUUCAAUGCCAGCAUUCUCACUAUCAAUUCCAUAGCUUUUGAGGAUGAAGGGAAAUACACCUGUUUUGCCAGCAACAAACUGGGAAAUCUGACUGUGGUGUUUGACGUAGAUGUCAAAAUUGACCACUUACCCAUCAUUGCUGCUGUGGUGGCAGCAAGUUUGGUGGCUAUCCUUUUCUUUGCUUGCUGUGCCUGCACCAGAUACUACAGACACACCCGCAUGGGACGCUACAAGCUGAGGGAUGUGUUUCGUUUUCGCAAGGCCACCCAUGUGGCAGUGUCCAAUGGAGAGGACUAAUAUGACCAAUGUGGAUACUUAUGUGAGCACUGAGCAAAUUUCUUGUGUGUAUCUGUAUGUUGUUGUGUUCUCUAUUUUUGUAUGUUGUUUAGGUUAAACGUAAAGAGGCACUGAAAUUAGCAAAAAUGUUUAUUUCUUCAUGUCUGCAAAAUUUCAAAACUGUCAGUUAUGUAGUGAACUUGCCAAUUUUAUAAAUAUAUGCAACAACACAAAGGCCUCAGGCAAAUGAAAUAAUAAUACAACACUUAAUGAUCUACAUCCUAGCAUAGUUUUGUAUAGUAUAGGUGAGACUAUAAAAUGGAAUUUGCCUUACAAAUUUGCCUUUAUGACAAAGCAAAGAAACUGGUCACAAUACAGACAUUCUUUAAAGACAAUAAGAUGCAGCAGUCUCUCUUUUUGGGUGAUUUUUUUUUUUUUUUUUUUUUUUUUUUUUAACUUCGGUUUCAUUCAGUCACAAUUCAGCUGGCUUUAACACAGUAAAUAGCCUUCAGUGAAGUAAGAAAUUGGUAGGCUGAGAUAUCACAGUCAAUAGGGGGCCAAGCACCAAAGGUUCCAGCAGUAUUGUGCCUGAACGCUGUAACAGAACAUGCUCAUAUUCUUGAUAUGUAACAGUGAAUAGAACUGUUGUUUUUGAAUCUAGAAAAUGUGAACAUGAACAUGUUAACUUUCACUAGAGUUAACAAUGCUCUGAGGUUAUUUUAUGGCUGAAAUCCGCCUUUAUGAAUAUUUGAGUUUCAUGCGCAUAUUGGUGCAGAUUCCAAUGGCAAAAAAUCACAUUUUUGUGCAAAUUUUGCCCACGGGGUUGAAAAAAACAAGUUGGAACAUCAGUCCCAUCGGCAGUGAAUUUGAAAAGACACAUCGAGUUGAAGCAUCCGACCAGUCUUUGAAAGAUUUCUGAGUGAAUGAUGAUCCCAAGAAAUCAUUAAUAAAGGGUAAAACCAUGAGCCAACAGCCACAAAGUUCUUCCACCCAAGUCAAACUCAAGCAUUUUGCAAAGGACAGGCUUGCUCUAGAAGAAGGAGCACGUAUUGGCAGCUGCCAAUAUUCCAGCUCGAGACCGGAGACAGGAGAAACUCCAGCAAUACUAUAAUGAUGCUGAAACAAGAAUUUCUGAACUUAACUGUAAAGUCUGCUGACUCAGAUGCAAAAAGUUCUGGUCAGUCGCAGCCCAGUGGUGACAAGACAGACACUGCAGCAUCAUUUAUCAGAUUUAAAUGAAACCCACAGAAUUUCAGAAAAACUGAACUAGACUCUUAUUUGGAUGCACCAACCACAAGAGGGUUUGCCGAAUACAUGCUGCUGUCCAAGCUCAAAAAGCUGCUCCUGAAGUACAACACUGCGCUCCCUUCAAACGCUCCAGUGGAGAGGCUCUUCAGCAUUGGUGGUCAAAUAUUUCGGCCCAGGAGAAACCAGCUUGGUGAUACCAACUUUGAGAAGCAGCUGCUCUUGAAUGCCAACAAAAAGAUUUGAGCUGUUUUUAUUGGUGUAUGGAACUGGUAGUAUCUAUUGCUGUGACUUCCUGGUGGGUCUAUAGCCCUGACCCAAAAUACACAGGGGAAAUCUGCUUUCAAAAUGAAGAUGUGUUG